CCGCGAGUAUUGGUUCUUCCGUUGAUUCGUGAACCUGCGAUGGCGAGCUCUCUGCAGCGCAUAUCAAGCCACGCUCGUCUUCUCCGAGCCUCUGUUGCCUCAAGGUCCAGGCCGUUCUCGACGGACGCUCUAGUCGAAUACAUGCCCGGGGAGAUCGGAAAGGUCGCCGGCAUUCCCGACGAACAUCUUCGCCGGAGGGUUAUAAUAUACUCACCUGCAAGAACUGCAUCUCAGCAAGGAUCAGGGAAAGUUGGGAAGUGGAAAAUCAACUUUGUGUCAACACAAAAGUGGGAGAAUCCAUUGAUGGGAUGGACUUCCACUGGGGACCCAUACGCACACGUUGGUGAUUCGACACUGGGUUUUGACAGCGAAGACGCUGCAAAGUCCUUUGCAGAGAGACAUGGUUGGGAUUAUGUGGUUAAAAGGCGGCAAACGCCAUUGUUGAGGGUGAAAGCAUAUGCAGACAACUUCAAGUUUAAAGGCCUCCCAAAACUGAGGAGAAUUGAUUUUGCUUCAAUGGUUUUGUUUCCGUGGUCAAUCUCAGGAGGGAGGCUGUUGCAACAAUUCUUUGCAGUACCCUUGUCGUAUUUCAUUGAACGAGUUACUUGGUCCAAAUGAAACAGACUGCAAUAAUAAACGCGAUUCAUGCUGUGAAGUAUCUUCUCCUAUUUCUUUGGUAUAAAUGACAGUGCCUUUGUAUUUCUUGUCUGUUCGAUAGUAUUUUUACAGUUUUUGUAUUCCAUGUUUUGUAUUUGGUUGUAUUCCCCAUACGUGCAUUCCAAUCCCAGUUCGAGAAAUGAUGGAACGGAUAACUUUGCUUGCAAUGCACUGCAGUUUGAAUUUUUUUCUU